CUGGAUUUAGGACACAAAGACGGACCGGUACAUAUAGCCCUGCAUCAUUAGAGGGGGACUAAGGCCUCCGUCCUGGCCCUGCUUCCAGCAGCCUCCCAACCAACCUCUUCAUUGGGAGCCAGACCCACUCCCGCCUCCCACGGUCAAUAGCGAGGACGAGAGCUCUGCCUCGACGAGUCUCAGACAUCAGGACUGCCAUAGCUCGACUAGUUCUGACUAUGAAAGUCGUGAUUGGAGGCUAAAACGGAACAGUUGUCCUUCCCGCAAGCGCAUACACAAACGUCUCGCUUACUCCAAACAGAAAGGUUAAAACGAAGAAAGCUUUGUUUGGCCAAACACAACAUGGCCUUAUUGAGAAGCCUUCAAUCACUUCGGAAUGGGCUGAUGCCUUCCACCCCCAUGGUCAGUUCGGGUCACUUGGGGUUCGUUCGACUGUACUCGGUGAGUUCACCCUCAGAAAUCGAGUCCAAGUGGAAGCCAUCAUUUUUCAAACCCAAGCUGGUUAUCUUUGACAAGGACGGUACCUUGGUCUGCUUUCACACCAUGUGGUCUCCUUGGUGUACCAGUUUGGCACAACGAAUGCACUCUGUGACUGGUCAAGAUUUGUCCACACAUUUAUAUGAUGUUCUCGGGUACGACCAUUCCGAGAAUAAAGUACGCAUCGGAGCCUUGGCCGAGAACACGCACCCACAGAUUCGAGUCAAAAUUGAGGCCAUGCUCACCGAAAACCGAGGAUUCAGUGAGGUUGAGGCCAAGCAGGCGGUGGCAUCAUCGUGGAAGGACACACCCGAAGACAUGAAGGUUAAGAUGACCGGUGAUUGCCAUGAUCUAUUCAACCGAUUGAAAAAUGAAGGUGUCAAAAUCGCCAUAUGUACCUCGGACUCGAGGGAAGGGACCGAAGAGUUCCUACGUCGUCAGAAUCUCAAUAGCUUAGUCGAAAUGUCGGUGUGCGGAGAUGACAGCUUUAGCAAGCCCAAGCCCGAUCCACACAAUGCUCUCUACAUUUGCGACAAGCUGAAUGUCCGACCUUCGGACACAAUUAUGGUGGGGGAUACCCCCGCUGACACUCUCAUGGGACAACAGGCCAAGCUAGGUCUGACCGUAGGUGUGCUCACGGGCGUGGGUGGGAAAACGGAUCUAGCAGAUGCGGAUGUGAUUGUGGACGACGUGGAAGAAUGCGUGGAUAUGCUCCUACCCCACCCUACCUCGGUGCGAUCCCGGGUUCAUCAAGUCACGUCUCGGGGCAUUGCCAAGAUUGCCCAAGGCUCUUUAUUCCUCCAUGCCUCGGGGGAUGAUGCGAACAGUUUCAGAGCAUUCUCCACCUCCGCUCGGUGUUCAGGGGCAUCUAAUUCCUCUUCUUCCGAGAAGACCUAUAGCCACAUCGUGGUUGGUGCUGGUUCUGCAGGCUGCGUUUUAGCUAACCGUUUAACAGAAGACAGUUCAAAUUCAGUCUUCGUUUUAGAAGCCGGACCCAAAGAUACAAUCUUAAAUAGCAAACUUCUUCAGUGGAAGAUUCACAUGCCGGCCGCUCUCAUGUACAAUUUGUGUGAUGAUAAGUACAACUGGUACUACCACACCUUGCCCCAGGAGCAUUGUAAUAAUCGCGUGAUGUACUGGCCUCGGGGUCGAGUUUGGGGAGGCUCCUCAUCUUUGAAUGCCAUGGUUUACAUUCGCGGACACGCCUAUGAUUACGACCGUUGGCAAAAUGAGGGUGCCGAGGGAUGGAACUACUUUGGUUGUUUGCCUUACUUCAAAAAAGCUCAGAAUCAUCAAUUAGGAGGCGAUGACUAUCGAGGCGGUUCUGGGCCUCUGAAUGUUAGCCGGAGAAAUUGGGAUAACCCUCUACAUUCGGUGUUUUUGGAAGCUGGUCAACAGGCUGGACAUUCUUUUACGCAAGACGUGAAUGGAUACCAACAAGCGGGAAUGAGCUGGUUUGAUAUGACCAUUCGUGAUGGCCAGCGAUGGAGUGCGGCCAGUGCUUAUCUACGGCCGGCCUUGGAAAGGUCCAAUUUAAACGCGGAGGUGGAAGUUCUUGUGACCAAGAUUUUAUUCGACGGCAAGAAAGCGAUUGGAAUCGAGUAUGAACACAAGGGACAGAGGAAGCAAGUAUACGGUGAAGAGAUCAUCUUAAGUGGAGGUGCCAUUAACUCGCCGCAACUUUUAAUGCUCUCCGGCAUUGGUGAUGCUGCUCACUUGAAAUCGAUGGAUAUUCCAUUGGUGGAGCAUGUGCCGGGAGUAGGUCAAAACCUGCAAGAUCACUUGGAACUCUACGUGGUUCAGAAAUGUAAAUCCCCUGUCACUCUCUUGGGUGAUCAAAAAGGUGCCCGAAUGAUUCAAGUGGGCCUCAAUUGGUUCUACAACCAAUCAGGCCCGGCUAGGACUGCCCAUCUCGAAUCGGGUGGAUUUGCCUACAGCCGGCCGGAAGUGGAGCAUCCCGAUAUCAUGUUCCAUUUCUUACCCAGUCAGGUCGUGGAUCACGGUCGUCAGGCACCAGACACGGAGGCCUUCCAAGUUCACGUGGGCCCCAUGCGCCCCACUAGCCGAGGAUGGGUGAAACUGAAAUCCAAGUCACCCAGAGACCACCCUCUCAUCCAACCCAAUUACCUUUCCACCGAAAUUGACCGCUGGGAGAUGCGCGAAUCGGUCAGAUUGAGUCGGGAAAUCUUUGCUCAACCGGCAUUUGAUUCCUACCGUGAUGGCGAGCUCGUGCCUGGCAUUGACACGCAAUCCGAUGCCGAGCUGGACGAAUUCGCUCGAGCAAAAUCCGACUCGGCCUAUCACCCAUCUUGCACUUGCAAAAUGGGAUCUUCCACGGACAACAUGGCCGUGGUGGAUUCUUCGACCAAAGUCAUGGGCGUGGAGAAUUUGCGAGUGGUGGAUGCCUCAAUAAUGCCGAGUGUGGCGAGCGGGAAUCUGAAUGCCCCCACGAUCAUGUUGGCGGAAAGGGCAGCCGAUAUCAUUCGCGGUCGAGAACUCUUGCCUGCCAUCCCAGUUCCUGUCUACGAGACCGACGUCAAAAAAAGCCAGAGACAAUCCAAAAGCGCAUAACUCUGCUGGCUAGUAAGCUGUAUCUACAAUUCUGUCGCGUAACAUCAUGUUUUAUUUUUUAUACUUUUGUCGAGUAAAGAAAGUUAACACAGUGUGA